CUCCCAGGGACGUUCCUGCGCUGCCGCGGACCACUGGGCAAUAAAAAGCCUGUAACCAAACCCAGAGUCUAAUCCAGCCGGGACAAUCGCUGGCAGAGGGCAUGCGCCGUCAAAUGAGCCGAGUCUCUGCACAUUUUCUCCUAGCGCAGCGCUUUGUGUGGGAAGAAAUAUCACGGCGGAGAAACGCCGAGAUGAAACCACACCCACGCUGCUGGCAGUCAGUCUUGAGGCUGGACAUGUGAAGGAGCAGAGCAUCGUGCGCAGGCUGGAAGGAGCGCACUGACUGAUCUGAUUUCGUGCUGAGUAAAUGUUUCAGCCAAUCAGAGCCGUGCGUAAAAGUUGCCUUUGAAGACCAUGCGCAGCUUUUGCGUCCCAGAUGUCCCUCGAACUUUUUCUUCGGGGGUUGGGACUCUCUUGUCCGAAUCCCCUCUCUUUCUAGCUCCUAACCUGACAUCCAGAAGGCUAUCAUAUCCCGAACUGGGGCAGCCUCUGGUAUGUUGCGGGCCUCCUAAAAUCCUGGACAGCGCUGACACGGCCGAAGAGGAGCCCAUAGUGUACCUGGAAGCUGCUGAACUUUGGAAACAGUUCCACAGAUACGGCACAGAGAUGGUCAUCACUAAAUCUGGGAGGCGCAUGUUUCCGCCACUCAGAGCCAGGUGUACGGGCAUGAACAGGAAGGCAAAGUACAUCCUGCUGAUGGACAUCGUGGCGGCGGAUGACUGCAGGUAUAAGUUCCACAACUCGCGCUGGAUGGUGGCGGGGAAGGCGGACCCGGAGAUGCCCAAACGCAUAUACAUCCAUCCGGACAGCCCUGCCACAGGAGAGCAGUGGAUGUCCAAAGUGAUCAAUUUCCACAAACUGAAAGUGACCAACAACAUUUCUGAUAAGCAUGGAUUUACAAUUCUGAAUUCGAUGCACAAAUACCAGCCGAGGUUCCACAUAGUGAAAGCCAAUGACAUCCUGAAGCUUCCCUGCAGUACUUUCAGAACGUAUGUGUUUGCUGAGACACAGUUUAUCGCAGUGACUGCUUACCAGAACGAUAAGAUCACACAGCUGAAAAUUGACAACAAUCCUUUUGCAAAGGGAUUCCGGGACAUGGGGAACGGAAGGAGAGAGAAGAGGAAACUCCAACAGUCUGGACAAAGGUCUGGAGAAGCUGAUGGAAAACCUGCUCCCAUAAAUACUUUUUCUGAACAGCAUCCUGGUGAUACUAAGUCUUCAGAGGCUUAUGCAAGUGACGGUGAAAAAAGCUUUAAUAGUGAGGAGUGUCCUGAACCAAAGCUGUAUAGAACCUACCAUGGAGACCAGCUGGAGGUUUCCUUCACAGAGAAGACUCUGCAGGCUGCAGCUAAGAUCCCAAACAUAACUUCCCACCACAAAGAAAGCUCCAGCAUAAGUGACGGAAAGUGCCACACUCAGGACUCAGACAAAGCUAAAGAGUGCACACUGUGCAGCGGUGUUACACCAAAUUGUGUUUACUCUCCGGACUUAAACCAACAUCAGUGGGAUCUGAACACCUCGGGCCAUUUGACACAAGUAAACAGCUGGUCCAGAUGUGCCGCUGAUGGAGCCGUGCAGUAUGGACUGAGACGGGCAGCGCCUGCUAGGAUUCCUCUCUCUGUCACCCUCAAGCAGCACACAGGGCUUCAGGAUGUGGUGAGCUUCUCCCCAUAUGGAGGCUUUCUGUUGUACCCCACGUUUCCAUCGUCGGUCCUGCACCAGAUGCCACUCACGCAGUCCAGACUGGAUUUCAGUUCCUGCCCCAGAGUUUCUGCCCACAGUCUCCUCUCCUCUCCGAUCAUUUUGUCCUCUGUUCUUUCAUCAAAGGAAACCAGUUUCAGCUAUUCCGAACCAGAGUUGCCUGCAGGGGAGGAUACAUCAACAGACCAGGACAGAGCAAACUUCAGCCAGAGCAAGUCACCAGCAGGGGGAGAACUCUGAUUCCAGUGUAACUUCUGCUGGGUUUAAACUGAUCUGCCGUGAUUAAACACGGUCUAAGUUAUGUCCAGGGCUGCAUGUUCUAAUUAUAGCUACUAUAGCUCCUGCUCCUAGCUCCUCUUCCUUGACCUUUCAUGGGUUCAACAAUAAGAACUCUAGCAUGGGGAGGAAAGGAGCUGCACACUGCUGUGCCGAAUUCGGCACUCAUACAUCAUUACACAAAAGAAACACAUGGCUUAUUCUAGUCAAAUCUGAGCCUACAGCCUUCCAGAAAAAGAACUACAAAGUGUG